UUUUUUUGUACGGGGGGGGGGGUGCGAGACAACAAACUGAACCGGGUAAUUUAUGGUUGACAGCAAACUAACUACACCCCGCUUACGCGUCUGAUCGGACCUCCACCUCCACUCAAUUCCACCAAAGGAGUGCUUAAAAUUCGAAGAAAUUGAACCAGCCCUUAAACUUGCAAGCUGUAGAUUUUAACAGUAGGGGGAGAGCGCAUUCAACAAAUGGUCCACCCGUUGCCCUUUGUAGUUCAAUAUUUUUUCCGGGGUCCGAACUCCAAGUCCGGUAUACUAGCAGGGACCCGACCACCGCGUUAAACACGCAUUUAUUUGUAUUUAUUGGGUCAGAAGAACCAGACUGCUGUUUGGGACACUCUGUGUGAUUAGCCACGACGGCCGUUGACAGGGAUGUCUGAGGGUAGUCUUGACACAGAAUCGGGCAAGACCUCAGCUGAGGACCCUCGCAUGGAAGCCGAGGAGAGUCCACGUGUUGGUGACCCGUCACCACCACCACCACCGCCCCCCCCAAAUGCAGACAGUAGCGAUAGCUCAUCAGGGAACAAUGUGCUCUAUGAUAUUAGUAUAGACAGCGCUGAGGAUAAGUCAGUCAGCAGCAACGAGGAUGUUGUCCAGGGCGGGGAUGAGGCCCUCAGUGUAGAAAAUGGCGGACACCCUACUGUGGACACAGCAGAGGAAUGUGAAGACAGUGGCACUCAGAGAAAGGAGGACGCCAUGGCUGAGGAGUCGCAGAGGAGCUCGGCCGCCGAGAUCGCAGUCAGCAGCAACGGAGACCUGGACCAGAGCCCGCAGGAUGUGUUUUGCAGGGACUCUUUCCCAGGCAAGGCGGCAUUUGCAGACCUCCCAGAGUCUUGCGUCCCCUCCGGCAACUUUGCAUCGACAACAGAAGGGAUCAUUGAAUCGGGUCCGUACACAGAUGGUACCAACACGCAGCCAUCGAGUGGACCACUGGUCCUGUCGGACGACAUGAAGAGUCCAACCAUGGAGAAACUAGACCUUGUCAGAAAGUGGAGCAUCAACACUUACAAAUGCACCCGUCAGAUUCUGUCGGAGAAGCUCGGCCGUGGCUCCAAGACGGUAGACCUGGAUCUGGAGGGCCAGAUUGAUGUGCUGCGCGACAACAAGCGCAAGUACCAGAACGUCAUCAAGCUGGCGCAGACGCUGGCCGCACAGCUGGCGCAGAUCAUGCAGACGCAAAGGCAGCUCGGCGACGCCUUCGCCGACCUCAGCCUCAAAACACCCGAACUUCAUGAGGAGUUUGGUUACAACGCUGACACCCAAAAGCUAUUGUCCAAAAAUGGGGAAACGUUGCUGGGUGCCAUCAACUUCUUCAUCAGCAGCGUCAACACCCUUGUGGACAAAACCAUCGAGGACACCAUGAUCAACAUCAAGCAGUACGAGAUUGCCAGGGUGGAGUACGACGCAUACCGCACAGAUCUGGAGGAGCUGAACUUGGGCCCGCGCGACGCCAACACCCUACCCAAGAUAGAGCAGUCUCAGCAACUGUUCCAGGUGCACCGCGACAAGUACGAGAAGAUGCGCAAUGACGUCUCUGUCAAGCUCAAAUUCCUGGAGGAGAACAAGGUGAAGGUGUUGCACAACCAGCUGAUCCUCUUCCACAACGCCAUUGCUGCCUACUACUCGGGCAACCAGCAGCAGCUAGAGCAAACGCUGAAGCAGUUCCACAUCAAGUUGAAAGUGCCCGGCGGCGAGCGUCCGUCCUGGCUGGAGGAGCACUAAGGAAAUGUCUAAACUAAAAGUGAAAACUACAGGGACCCCCCCCCCUCCCCCACCCUCUCCCCAAGCCAUGCUCCUCUCUCCUGUCAGGAAUGAUGGCCUUUCAAAACAAUCUUUUUAAGCAACAAAAAAGCUCGAGUCCAUGAAGAUGUUAUUUUUCAAUGCUACAAUCUUUGGGGGAAAAAUGCACUUUUGACAUUUGACAAAUCCAUUGAACUGCAGUUAAACGCAUUAAGGGAGCUGUAAAAAAAUGCCUUUUUGUAUAACGGCGAUAUGAAUGUGAUCCAACAGAAUUGAGAUAGCGUUUUUGUUUGUUUUUUUGGUCAUUUUUGACUAUGAGAGAAAUAUUAACAUUCCAUGCAAUUCUCUCACAGCCGCGGAGGCCUCUUCCUAUAGUGAUUAAAACACAUUUAUGAUUCUGAGCUUAUGUAAAAAAACAAAAGAUAAAGGUAGGCUAAUUAGAGGACUCUUACUUCUAACCAGCACAUUUUUUUCCCGAUCCUUACAUUUUGUCAUGAAAGAAAACUACACAGUAACAUUAUUUUUCCAGUUAACAUAUGACACUUUUCAAACAAGGCUAUAAGUUAGCAUAGCAUAGUAGUUUUUUUUUCACAUUUCAACAAACAAGCCCACCUAAAACCAACUCACAAAUCCUCAAGUUUUCGACGCUAGAUGCUUUAUUUGCAAUUGUUAUGCUUUGCCCUGCUAUGCUGACGCGAUUAACCUAACCCCAACUAACUAAACGCAACGUUAGUUUUCUGUAAACCAGUUAAAUCCUUCAGAGAUGACACGUUUGACACCGCUCAAACAAUGCUAUCUUUUAGCACAGUUUAGCAUGACAAUCAUAUCAGAAAAUGUAAAUUGCAGAUUAAAAGAAACAAGCACUGCCAAAACUAGAUCUCACAAAUCAAUUUAUUUUUCUUUACGCAAAGCUAGCUCACCUUUACAUUAAAUAUCAGUUUUAUGCUAAUGCAGCUAUGUUCUCAUCGUAACAGACCAAAACAUAACUCUAAUCCUCAAAUUUUAGGGACCAUAAAAUUGAAACCGGACUGUUUAUUUUUAUUUUUUUAAUGAAACUCUAGAAAACAAUCGCUUACCCUUGCGCAGCUAAGCAUUGAAACACAAGGGAUGAAAUAUUAAGGCUUCUAAAGCUCACCAACCAACAUAAUUUCCUACUCAUUUGUUUGAUAUGUUUAAUCUUAGAAAUCCUCUGUGUUCUAUUGACAAACUAUGCUAUGCUAUGCUAAUGUGGCAGUACUCUUGCAUCAUAAUAUACUGUAUAUGUUGGAUUACUGUAUUCAAGACACAUGUCAAUUACAUUCACAACUAUGAGCAUUUCCAACAAACUCCAAAUUUCCAAAUUCCUCAUAGCUUGUCUAUAAUAUUUAUAAUAAUCUAAACUUUUGGCAUCUUCUUUUUCAAGAGAAAAUGAAGGACUUGCUAAAUGUUUUGAUAAAAUGUGCCUUAACUUUGCUUUCCUUAUGCGCUGCAUGCUAAUUGUUAAAAAACCAAAAAACAACUGCACCCCAAAAUACAAACUCCUUCCGAAACGUCACCACAUAGAUUUUUUUUAAACACCACAUGAAACAUAUGUUUAGGAAUCACAGAAAGGUUACGUCUGAUAGAUUAUACAAAAAACAAAAUAAAAUACAUUAUCUUAAAAAUUGUUUAUUGUAAAUUUUGAAAGACCAGCAUAUCUUCGCUUUAAGCUGCUAAUACUUUUCUUGAUUUACCAGUUUAAAAAAAAUAUAUGUACCUGUAUAUUUUUAAAAAGCAAAUGCGUCAAACACUCAUAUUUAUAACUACCAGUCUCUCGUUUGCUCAAUUUUCUACCGCUGACUUUUUAUAGUUUGCUAGUGUGACUCUGGUUUGACACUCCAACUAUGAUAUCUGAAAAAGGGUUUAUAUCUUUGCAAUUUUGCCUAGUUUAUGCCCUCUAGUCCUGGAUGAGUACAUUUUCCCUGAAGACUUCCAUUGAUUGAUAUGCUAAGUGCUAGCAUGUGAACGCGUAUCUUUGUAUGGGGGGGAAAAAAACUUGGAAAAAAGUGUUGGGUUUAAAAUGAUUUUGAAUGUCAUGUGCACAGUAUAAAAAAAGUUGAGAAAAUAA